AGACAGCAGAUUAUUUAAUUAGAUAUUGCAUGCCAAUAAUAUCUGAGAAUUUUCAAAUUUAUAAAAAUAUUAGUACUAUUAAUACCUCCUACCUUAUUAUUCAUAGAAGAUGAAGAAGAGCGAAAAAUCCUCAACGGCGAUUGAAGAAAGGAGAGAAAAAUGUUUGGAUUCAGAAAAGGAGCUGCACCUGCUGAGAAGCCACCUCGGCAGACAUCCAACGACCCUGAUGAUUCAGACGAUGAGGAUUCAUCGUCAGCUCCGAAGAACAUGGGAAGAAGAACUGCCUCUGAACCAAACCUUGACAGCAUGUCUGUCCAAGAACUGGAGGGCUACGCGGUCAAUCAGGCCGAGCAGACCACCAGGUCCGUCAACAACUGCUUGAAGAUCGCGGAGGACAUCAGAGGUGACGCCAGCAGGACUCUUGAGACCCUCCAUGCGCAAGGCGAUCAGAUCCACAGGACUCAUGUCAUGGCUGCUGACAUGGAGAAGGACUUGAGCAAGGGUGAGAAGUUGUUGAAUAGUCUUGGUGGGAUGUUUUCGAUGCCGUGGAAGCCAAAGAAGGGGAAGGCCAUCUCAGGCCCUGCAACUUCUAAAGAUGACAAUGAUAUUCCGAAACGCGCCACUAAAGAGCAACGACAGAAGUUAGGUGUGGAUCGCAAAGCCCGGGGCUCUCGCGCGCCUGAUGGAGAACCAACAAGCGCUCUGCAGAAAGUCGAUAUGGAGAAGGAUAAACAAGAUGAUGGGCUUUCAGAUCUUAGUGAUAUCUUGGGAGAUUUGAAAGGAAUGGCUGUUGAAAUGGGAUCUGAACUAGACAAGCAGAACAAGGCCCUUGAUAGUCUUGAUGAGGACGUAGACGAGCUCAACUCGCGAGUAAAAGGCGCCAACACACGCGCUCGUAAAUUGCUCAACUAGUAUAGAUUGAUGCCUGAAAUGUUGCUACUCCUUAGAACAACUUGUGUCUUUGUUUGACAGUUUGUAUGUAUUGUGUUGUUGUAAGUUACAUUACACCCUUUUGUUGUACCUGUAUAGUUGUAUGCUUUCUGUAGAAAUGUUUGCAUAAUGUGUUAUAGAUUGUAAAAGGAUUUCUGCAUAAACUUGCUUACAUAUAUGAAUUUACAAAGUGCAGUAACA